CCAGCGCCGCCGAGCCCGGCUCUGGGGUGGGGGAGCCGCGGCCGCCGGCGCCUGCUCCGUCCCCUCCCACUCGCACGGCCCCUUCCUCCCUCCUCUCCCGGCCGCUCGCAUUUCCUGCCGCUCUGGCGCUCCCGGCCCCUCGAAGUUCUUCCCAACUUUUUCUCCGCCGAGCGAGCGCAGCGGGCGCAGACUCGGGGGCAGGUUGCUGUGCUCCUCGGGGCUCGGCCGCCUCCUCUCCUGGUUCAGGUCCUCGGGGAGCCGUAGACAGACACCAAGUGGCCACUGGCGCUCCUUCCCCUCCCAGCUGAGCCAUCCUCCCCGGCCUCCUCGGGCGGGACAGCCCCGUGCCGAGGUUUUUCUCCUUUUCUCCCCCAGUGCGCCCCUGCUCCGACUCUCGCUCCGGGAUCGCGGCGGAAACCUUCCUCCCCUUUCGCCGCCUGCGGCUCCUUCCCUCCGCCGCCAGCCACUGGAAUCAAUUCCGUGGGGAAUCGGGGAUCCGCCGCCGUCGCGAAGGACAGCCUUUCCGCGCAGGACUCCAGGGCGCCACGGGGGCCAUGUAAGCAGCUAUCUUCCAGAGGGCCGCACUGGGCAUGGACACCCUUUUCCCUACCUGGAGGAGCACAGGUGAUAGUGUAAUUUUCCAGUCACGAAACUGCUAAGGCCAUCUCAGGGUCGUGUGCGCCAGGAUAGGAGGGCGGCACCCGAGGACCACGUAGCCAUGCCUUUUGGUCUGAAGCUCCGCCGGACACGGCGCUACAACGUCCUAAGCAAGAACUGCUUUGUUACACGGAUUCGCCUGCUGGACAGCAAUGUUAUCGAGUGCACGCUGUCGGUGGAAAGCACAGGGCAAGAAUGCCUGGAGGCUGUGGCCCAGAGGCUGGAGCUGCGAGAGACGCACUACUUUGGCCUGUGGUUUCUCAGCAAGAGCCAGCAAGCACGAUGGGUGGAGCUGGAGAAACCUCUGAAGAAACAUCUGGACAAAUUUGCUAAUGAGCCUCUGCUUUUCUUUGGAGUCAUGUUCUAUGUGCCAAAUGUGUCAUGGCUUCAGCAAGAGGCCACAAGAUAUCAGUAUUACCUGCAAGUCAAAAAAGAUGUACUUGAAGGACGAUUACGAUGUACACUGGAACAGGUGAUUCGGCUAGCCGGCCUAGCUGUGCAAGCUGAUUUUGGAGACUAUAAUCAAUUUGAUUCUCAAGAUUUCCUCAGAGAGUAUGUGCUGUUUCCUAUGGAUUUGGCCCUGGAAGAGGCUGUUCUGGAGGAGCUGACCCAGAAGGUAGCCCAAGAACACAAAGCCCACAGUGGAAUCCUGCCAGCAGAAGCUGAACUGAUGUACAUCAAUGAAGUCGAACGUUUGGAUGGAUUUGGACAGGAAAUCUUCCCCGUAAAGGACAAUCAUGGAAACUGUGUACACCUUGGCAUUUUCUUUAUGGGGAUUUUCGUGAGGAACAGAAUUGGAAGACAAGCAGUAAUAUACAGGUGGAAUGACAUGGGGAAUAUCACUCAUAACAAGUCGACCAUUCUAGUGGAGCUCCUCAAUAAAGAAGAGACUGCCCUCUUUCACACGGAUGAUAUCGAAAAUGCCAAGUACAUUUCUCGGUUGUUUGCCACACGACACAAGUUUUACAAACAAAACAAAAUCUGCACGGAACAGUCAAAUUCUCCACCUCCCAUCAGACGCCAGCCCACCUGGAGCCGGUCCUCUCUGCCCAGGCAGCAGCCGUACAUCCUGCCUCCCGUUCACGUGCAGUGUGGUGAGCACUACUCGGAAACGCAUACCUCGCAAGACAGCAUUUUUCAUGGGAAUGAAGAAGCCCUGUAUUGCAACUCUCACAACAGCCUGGACUUAAAUUAUUUAAAUGGCACCGUCACCAAUGGCAGCGUGUGUAGCGUUCACAGCGUCAACUCCCUCAACUGCUCGCAAAGUUUCAUCCAGGCCUCCCCCGUGUCCUCCAACCUCAGUAUCCCUGGGAGUGACAUCAUGCGGGCCGACUACAUCCCGAGCCACCGGCACAGCGCCAUCAUCGUGCCCUCCUACAGGCCGACCCCCGAUUAUGAGACAGUCAUGCGGCAGAUGAAGAGGGGGAUCCUGCAUACAGACAGCCAGAGCCAGUCUCUGAGAAACCUCAACAUCAUCAACACCCAUGCCUACAACCAGCCAGAGGAUCUGGUGUACAGCCAACCCGAGAUGCGGGAGAGACACCCCUACACUGUCCCUUAUGGGCCACAGGGGGGCUACAGCAACAAACUUUUCAGUCCAUCCGACCAGAUGAACCCAAAGAAUCACGUGGUGCCGAGCAAGCCGGGAGCAAGCGCCAUCUUGCACACGGUGAGCACCCCGGAGCUGGCCAACAUGCAGCUGCAGGGCACCCAUAACUACAGCACCACCCACAUGCUCAAGAACUACCUCUUCAGGCCGCCGCCCCCCUACCCACGGCCACGCCCUGCCACCAGCACUCCAGACCUGGCCAGCCACCGCCAUAAGUACGUCAGCGGCAGCAGCCCCGACCUGGUGACCCGGAAGGUGCAGCUCUCGGUGAAGACCUUCCAAGAGGACAGCUCUCCGGUGGUGCAUCAGUCUCUCCAGGAGGUGAGCGAGCCCCUCACGGCCACCAAGCACCACGGCCCGGUGAACAAGCGCCACAGCCUGGAGGUGAUGAACAGCAUGGUGCGGGGCAUGGAGGCCAUGACGCUCAAGUCGCUCCACCUCCCCAUGGCGCGCCGCAACACGCUCCGGGAGCAGGGGCCCCCCGAGGAGGGGCCGGGCAGCCACGAGGUCCCCCAGCUCCCUCAGUAUCACCACAAGAAGACCUUCUCUGAUGCCACCAUGCUGAUCCACAGCAGCGAGAGCGAGGAGGAGGAGGAGGAGGCUCCGGAAUCGGUGCCCCAGAUCCCCGUGCUCCGGGAGAAGAUAGAGUACAGCGCCCAGCUGCAGGCGGCCCUGGCCCGCAUCCCCAACAAGCCCCCGCCUGAGUACCCCGGCCCGAGGAAGAGUGUGAGCAAUGGGGCGCUGAGGCAGGACCAAGCCGGCCUUCCUCCCGCCAUGGCCAGAGCCAGGGUGCUGAGGCACGGGCCGGCCAAGGCCAUCAGCGUGUCCCGGGCCGACCCGUCGGCUGUCAACGGGGCCUCUCUCGGUCCAUCCAUCUCUGAACCCGACCUGACGAGCGUGAAGGAGCGGGUCAAAAAAGAGCCCGUGAAGGAGAGACCCGUGUCUGAAAUGUUCUCCCUGGAGGACAGCAUUAUAGAGAGAGAGAUGAUGAUCAGGAAUCUGGAGAAGCAGAAGAUGGCAGGCCUGGAGGCACAGAAGAGGCCGCUGAUGUUGGCAGCGUUGAAUGGGCUCUCGGUGGCUCGAGUCUCAGGGCGAGAAGAGAAUCGAGUUGAUGCCACCCGGGUUCCCAUGGAUGAGAGGUUCAGAACCCUGAAGAAGAAACUAGAAGAGGGAAUGGUGUUCACAGAAUAUGAGCAAAUUCCAAAGAAAAAAGCGAAUGGCAUUUUCAGCACAGCGGCUCUGCCAGAAAAUGCCGAGCGCAGCCGAAUCCGCGAAGUUGUCCCCUAUGAGGAGAAUCGAGUAGAGCUGAUACCAACCAAAGAAAAUAACACAGGAUACAUUAACGCCUCCCACAUCAAGGUGGUGGUUGGCGGGGCAGAAUGGCACUACAUAGCCACCCAGGGACCCCUGCCACACACGUGCCACGACUUCUGGCAGAUGGUGUGGGAGCAGGGAGUGAAUGUGAUUGCCAUGGUCACCGCAGAGGAGGAGGGCGGACGAACCAAAAGCCACCGAUACUGGCCCAAACUGGGUUCCAAGCACAGCUCAGCCACCUAUGGCAAAUUCAAGGUCACCACAAAGUUUCGAACUGAUUCUGUUUGCUAUGCAACCACGGGCUUGAAGGUCAAGCACCUUUUAUCUGGGCAAGAAAGGACAGUGUGGCAUUUACAGUAUACUGACUGGCCAGAUCACGGCUGCCCAGAGGACGUCCAAGGGUUUUUAUCCUACUUGGAGGAGAUCCAGUCGGUCCGUCGCCAUACCAACAGCAUGCUGGAAGGCAACAAGAACCGGCACCCGCCCAUCGUGGUCCACUGUAGUGCUGGGGUGGGAAGGACCGGCGUGGUCAUUCUUUCUGAGCUGAUGAUCUACUGCUUGGAGCAUAACGAAAAGGUGGAAGUGCCCAUGAUGCUGAGGCUCCUCAGGGAGCAGAGGAUGUUCAUGAUCCAGACCAUCGCUCAAUACAAGUUUGUCUACCAAGUCCUCAUCCAGUUCCUCCAAAGCUCCAGACUCAUUUAAUCCCCUAAUCCAGCUCCUGGAGGAGGGACUCAGCUCCAUCCCACAGGAGGAGAGUCACCUCCAGACAACAUCUGCUCCCGCCACAGGGGUGCAGGUGGCUGGCAGCAAGCAGGCUCUCUGAAGACAGGAGCCAAGAUUAUUCACACAUACCAUGUAUUAUUUUAUAUGAGAUAAUUUAUUUUUUCCUCUUUGGAAUAACUUUUGUGAAUUAUUAUAAUGCAGUUUUCCUCAUAAUAGAGAACUUUUCAUUUCAACCACAUCUUGACUGAUCUGCAUUGUAUUAGGAAAUGUUUCCUGGUGAAUCAUUUUGGGGACAGAGGCAUGAGGGAGCACAUCUCUUGUGAAGUUGCAGCCAGAUUUGUAACCAACCCUGAAAUUCAUCAGCUUAAUUCAUUCAUCAGCUUAAUUAAUUCAUCAUGCAUUGUUUAUGUCCAAAGCAAAGAUGGCAAGAAAAUAAAUUCAUCCUGAAAUAUAAAGAAAAGGAUCUGAAGGAACAAACACGAUUCUCUUAUAUUUUGGGGCUCAUGAGCCUUGAUGGACAAUUUUCCCUCUUCUCUUCUGCCCUUAUCCUCAGCAAUCUCCUCUCCCCGACACCCUACCCAGCAUCCCCCCCACCCCAUGCUUGAUUUAAAGGUAGAACAGCUAAAAGACAGCAUUGCCUUUACGGUGCAAUAAUUGCUGCCUUUAGGGCUGAAACAGAAGCUCUGUGUUGUGCUUUUCUUGACCACCCCUUAUUCUGGGCUCUGGAGCUUGUCCCCUGCUAGUGACUGCACCCUGGGUAUUUGCUGCUACCUCUCCUGUUUGCUCAGUAGGGCCCUGUCUGGUGGCAUUGAGGCCAUAUGUGCAGUUAAGGCUCUUCCCUGAUUGAGAGAGGAUAGCAGACCAGAGUAGAAAGAGAAAGGAGUUGGGCAGAGCCUUGAGGAUUAUAUUUUUCAGGCAGGGCCUUGAUGAUCAGUGCUUUUUGUUUAAAUAAGAUGCGUAUGCUGGACAGAGACGAGAAAGUUGAGGUGCUGGCUGUGUUCCAUCUUUCCAUCAGUCACUAAGUCAUUGGAAAGGUCAUCAGGGAAACAGUUGGGGAAGCUGAUUUAUGGGAGCGGUUUGGCAUUUAGCUACGUGGCAGGGGUCCUGGCCAGGAAACACAUCAAAUGUGGCCCCCCACUGUACUGAUGUUAUCUUUAGGCUUUGGCCUGCAAGAGCAGAAUUAAUCCCACUCAGGACCCCAUAGUCCAAAUUUUGGGCCACUUGAUGAAUGAUGGUAGAAUUUCUCAUUCACAAAACCCUUUGCUUCUUUCCUUUUCUCCAUAAAAUCUACUCUCUGGUCAGUUAUGGUAUUAACUACCUUCAGUUUGAAUCCCAGUUCUUAGUUUCUUCCUGUGGCUUCAUUGGUCAGUGUGUAUUUUUGAAUUUCUUAGGUUAAUACACAAUAAAUCAUGUUUUGCACAUUUUUCCUCUUCAUUUUGGGGGAUUUAUCAUUCUAUGUCUACUUUUUCUUGAGUACAGCUUUGAUAUGCACCCAUUGGCACAUGGCAAUGGGAAGUCACAGGGCAUGCUCUUUCUGGUUGAUUUGAUGCCACAACUUCCUUGUCUUUUCAGCUCGGGGAAAAGGCAGCAGCGGAGGGAGGCAUAUGGAACACCCACAGUGGUCAGUUCCAGGAACAAACCUGCAAUUUAAAAAUGAGCCAGCCAGUUGUGGUGGCUCACACCUGUAAUCCCAGCACUUUGAAAGGCCAAGGCGGGCAGAUUGCUUGAGCUCAGGAGUUCGAGAUGAGCCUGGGCAACAUGGUGAAACCCUGUCUCUACAAAAAGUACAAAAGUACAAAAACUAGCCAGGCAUGAUGGCAUGCACCUGUAGUCCCAGCUGCUCAGGAGGCUGAGACAGGAGGAUAAGAAUUGAAGACUGCAGUGAGCUGUGAUCUUGCCACUGCAGUCCGGCCUGGGCUACAGAGAGACCCUGUCUCUAAAAAAUAAAUCAAUAAAAAGGUUGUCAAGGAAAACUAGAUGUAAUAGAAAGGAAAAUUUAAUUGCAGUUUUUUUUUCUUAGAAUUGACUGCUGUGAGAGUUCUAUAUGCCUUUCUUCAUUGCUGCUUUUUCCCCCGGGCUGAAGAGAUGAAGGAGGGGCACCAAAUCAACCAGAAAAAGUAGACCUUUGUGACAUCUCAUCACCACAUGCUAACAGGUGCGCAUUCCCCAUUAAGUUCUUUGGAAUAUGAAUCCUCUCAGUUUCAGCUUGGCCAGGUGUUGUGGUGGCUGUACUCUGUAUUUAGAAUAUCGGGGGAUGGAGGGCUUCCUCUCUGUCCUCUGCUUCAAGGUCUGAAGACUCGGUGAAGGAGUAUAAUCUGAGCUUUGUAGAUUCUGGAGUUUUGUUGUAUGUCCUGGAAAGAAAACCAUUCAUAUUACAUGUAUUUUCAGUGGAAUAGAGCUUAUAACCCUUAUUAUAAGAAGCUCCUCAAUAGGCACAAAGGUAUUUGUUUCCUUUCCUUGGGGGUUUUUCCAUCCUUGGUAUAUUCCACUGUUAGGGAUGUUUUAGCAAGUGGUCUCAGUUACUGUUUUAUUGCAUGAUGACCAACAUCAGUAUUUAUCUUUUAUCUCUAAGCUCCAAGGUGGGCACUGUUAGAACAUCUCAUGUGGGCAGCAUAUAGAUCUGGUGUCUCUUUGAGGUCAUCAGAGCUCAUGGGCUUCCUUGAAAUUCAUCCAUUGUUCCUGCCGUAUGCUACAGGAAUAUUCCUUAGUACACAAAUGCAGGGAGGAAGUGGGUUUAAUAUUCAACUUUCCUAGCCAGAGUUUAUAUUGAAACUCAAAAGAAAACAUUUAAAAGUUGUUUCACAUAUUUCACUGUUAAAAACAAAUGCCUUUGGUUCUUUAGCACAUUUUGCAUUCCUUUUCACAUCUCGGGUAAAUGCCAACAUAUCUCCUGUUAAGUUAGCAGCAGCCAUUUAAAGUCCUUUCAGCGGCAUCUGCAUAAUAAUUGCCCAGAGAUGCUUUAUAUCUGGGAAGCAAGCCAAGGAAUAAACCUUGAAGCAAAGUGUAUUAAAUUAGUUAUCUAGUUAGAGCUUUUGGAAUGAUUUCCUGAUGAUGUAUCCGGUCUGAAGCUAGAGCUGUCAGUAUCUAUUGCUGCAGUUUGGAUUUGAAGAGAGAAAAUUAAAAAUGGAGAAAAAAAAAAGUCAUUGUCCCA